GAGGUAUAUGUAAGAAUCGAGCGCUAUUUAUGUGUGUUAUUAUUAUUCACUGUUAUUUUUGGUGAUACGUAUCACUUCACUUGUCAUUCACAAUCUUUUGAAUGUUCGAUAUAAAUGUAUAUGUAUUUUAUAAUUGGAAAUCGAAAUGGGUGAAAAAAAUCUAAAUUCACGUUUAAAUAGAACUAACGAUUUAGUGACAAACAAAAAUUGCACUGCACCAGUGAGGUUAUGGAAAAGAUUACAAAUAAAUGAACAGAAUUUCAGUUUAGUGCUGUUUAUAGUAUCAUUGUCUAUUGUCUUGGGAAAAAUAUAUAUAAAUUAUGGUAGUAUUUUACAGCUGCAAAAUAACGUUAAAUAUGUAGCAUCAUCAACGUCUAUAUUUUCAAACAUAUUCAAUGUAUUUGAUUUAUCAUUUAUAUCUGAUAUAUCAGAGUUCAAAGUAAAACAGUUAACAACUAUAAGUGACAAAUUUGUCAUUGGUAGUCAAUACGAUGAUGUUGUGAAUGUAAUGACAUCAUUUUUUAAAACAUAUGGAUGGCUAAUAAAAGCAGCAGUAUGUGGUCUUAUUAUGAUGGGUUUUACUUGGUUUAUAAUUUACAAAGAUAGCAGUAUUCCUGGAAUCAAUCCACCUUCCCCUUUUAGUCCCUCUAAACAAAGAUUUUCAAAGGUAUCAGGAGUACAAAUAAAUUAUUUGAUUGGGAUAUUAAAUGGAAUACUAAUUUUUGUCUACAUGUGUCUUUAAUACGUUAGAAGUAUCAUAAUAAUAUGGUAGUGUUUAUGUACUUUAAAAAGGAUUGUAUAACAUUCUACAGUGAUCAUAUUUAUUAUUAUUUAUAUUGACUAAUAUUAUUAAUUUAAUUAGUAGUAGUAAGUAAUUUAUGUUGUGUGAUGAUAUAAAAAAUAAUAUUUUCAACUAAUGAUAUCAAAAUAUGAAAAUGUGACUCUUAUAGUUAUGUAGUUUAAAACAAUGAUAUAACUGGCUUGUUUAAAGAGAUGUAUAUUUAACAAAGCAUAAAUUCUUAUUUUCUAAUUUUCUAAACAGAAAAGUUGUUAUAUAAAAGUACAACAUAUAUAAAUAUAAUUUAUGGAAUGAUAUGCAAUAUUUUAUAUAUAAAGUUAUGGAAAGUACAAAAUGCAUGUAUUAUCUCAGAUCAACCAUUAUUUAUGUUAUUUUCUCUAUUUAAGACUGAUUAAAUAUUUAUCCUUAUUUAUUGAUAAAUUAAAGCUAAGUUAAGAAAAUCAACAUAAAGUAUUAGAUGUAGUACCUUUUAGUCUUAUAUGCUAAAUAUAUCUAUACAUGUACAAUACAUCAUUAUGUCACUAUACAAUUGAAUAUUGUUGAAAUUGUUUGAAAGAUGUUAAUAAAGGUAGUAACAUUAAAACAACUAUUAAUUUGAAAUUAAAUUUCAAAUGUUUCUGUUAAUUGUAUAUAUGCUUAAUUUCAUUGAGAGAUAUUGAAAAAAAUUAAAAAAUAAAUUAUACUUAAUAUGCAUGUUUUGGUUAUACGUUAAAUUAUUAACAUCUUUGAAACAACAAAUUUUAAUAAAUCAAUAAAAACUAGUUACGUAUUAUCUGGGUAUUACGAAUCAUCUAUUCCACUUAAUACUAUAUGCCUGGAUGGAAUAGUGAUUACAAGUAGAAUCUAUUAUAUUUGUCUAUUAUAGAAGUUUGUUGAAUAUAAUGGAAAUUAUUUUGAAGAAUAAAAUUAUUUAAUUAAAAA